CAUGUACCGGCGUUAAAAUGGAGGAAAGAAAUAACAGAUUAUGUAUAUUAUGUGGUCUCUAUCUAAACGACAACGUAGUCGUUGUAAAAAAGCGGGGUCUAUUGAAGUUCGUUGAAUCGAGCAUUGCAAGGGGUGACGGUCAACAAGACCGUUUUAAAAACCGCACUGAAUUAAAACUACACAAGAACUGCCGAAACUCAUACACUAAUCCUAAAUGUAUUGAUGCUGCUUUAAAGAGGAAGAAAAAGAUAUGGAAAAAUAUAUCCGAGUUAAACGGCGAAUUCGAUUUUCAAAAUAAGUGUUUGUUUUGCGAGAAGGACGCGUCAUUAUUGUUUGAGCAACAGCAAGCCAGAUAUCCUGAGGACAACCGAGUUGCGGUGGGGCAAGUCGAUACGUUGGACACUCAAAAUGCAAUACUUCGGGCAUGUACCACAAAUGACGAUAACUGGAGUCAACUAGUACUUUUACGGAUUGGCCAAUACAAUAUUUUGGAAAAAAAUGCUAGAUUCCACUGCGAUUGCUACAAUAUAUUUUGUGACGCUUCCCGAGCAUCUGGACUCGAGCAAGACACACAACAACAACAACAACAGUCAGAAAGCAUUGAAGUUGCCAUGGAUCAAGACUUGAAUAUGACAGAGUCAUCAGACCACUCCAUCAAGAUGGAGCCCGAGGAUCCUGACGAGGUGAACCUGGAGUCGGAGCACCCCAUCAAACAGGAACCAGAGCUGGAGGACCCGCAGGAUACAUUCAACGACCCUCUGAGAACUUCCGACUCUUCAAAACAAGAACUAGUAACACCGUUCACAUCACCAUUCAAAAACCAGCUCGGCAAAGAAUGCAGAUCACGAUACACAGACGAAAACCAGCUCAAAAAGGGGAUUACAAAAGGUGUCAUUGCAGAAAUUGAGUCUGGUGCGGAUGAUGAUGAUGACCAUACGCAGAUGGGACCUGAUACAUCUAGAGGUUAG